AUGUCAAAGAAUAUCGUGGUCCUUAUUAUCUAUAUUAUUGCCUUCCUCGCUGGUCUGCCUUGCAACCUUCUGGCCUGCUAUUCAUUCCUGAGGAAAGUGCGCCAGAAGCCAGUCCCCAUAGAUAUCCUCUUGCUCAAUUUGACCUUUUCUGACCUUUUCCUUCUGAUUUUUUUGCCCUUCAAGAUGGCAGAAGUUGCCCUAAAUUUCAAAUGGCCUCUUUCUCCCAACUUUUGCCCAGUGACAAACUUCUUCUUCUACAGCAGCAUCUAUCUCAGCACCCUGUUCCUCAUGGGAGUCAGCAUAGAGCGUUAUCUGUGUAUUGCCCACCCUGUUAAGCACAAGUUGAACCGCAGACCAACCUAUGCAAAAAUAGCCAGCCUCUUCUUCUGGUUUCUGGCUUGUGCGCAUUGUGGCAGCAUUGUCUUCGUUGUUCACUACUUCCAUGGAUCUCAGUGGAGUUCUGAGAACAACGUCACUUGCUACAAGAAGUUCUCCCCUCAACAGCUUAGCAUUGUCCUCCCUUUCCGCCUGGAGCUCUUCAUUGUCCUUUUCUUUAUCCCUUUCAUUGUCACUGUUUUCUGCUAUGUCAACGUGAUCCGCAUCUUGACCAACAUGCCAAAUAUUAAGCCCCAGAAGAGGCAACGGGCUGUGGGCUUAGCUAUAGCCACUAUGCUCAAUUUCACCAUUGCCUUUGCUCCCUACAAUAUCUCCCACAUUGUGGGGUUUGUGAAGAAAGAAAGCCCUACCUGGAGAACAGAGACAUUCUGCCUGACUUCCCUCAAUACUGUGUUGGACCCUGUUAUUUUCUUCUUCUCUUCCUCCACCAUCAGGAGGACAUUUACAGAAUUUUGGAUUGGCAUCUGCAACAAACUCCGGAAUCUUACAUCACGCUGCUGUCCAUGUUGCUGCAAGUCUUGUAGGGACAAUGCCAAAGAAGGAAGAGCUGGUGAGUUAUCUGUUGGAAACCUCCCCAGUAUACUGGCAGGAUCUAGUACACCUUCACCUUUUCUAACCCUUGAACCAUCUGGAACAUUAGAUGGGUGAUCAUUCAGCAAAAGUCUCAUUAUAUAGAGCAGUAACUUCUGACUCCAAAGAACACCUAAGCUAAAAGUUUUCACAACUUUCC